ACUGAAGCUAUGGGCCUACCAGUAUGUGGUUUCAGCCUGUUGGAAAGACUGAUUCAUUCAUCCGGUGCACCAGAAUGGCACCUAUUUAUCCCAAAAGCCGGCUCAAACGUUUAGUAAAGCAAAAAACAAACAGACCCAUUGAAAAUGGGGCUCUUGAUUUGAUGUACAUGGACUACUGCAUCUUUUUACAAACGCUGUUGAAAGAAUCCAACAUUGAGGCAGCCAAAGAGAAAGAGAAGCAGAUCCAGGCUAGUCAUAUCGAAAGGGCAGAAAAUGAAACACUUGCGAAGUUUCGGGGAUGAGAAUUAUAAGCUUGCCAGUGUUUUUGCACUCAUUUCGUCGUCUUAAAGAUCGGGUCUGCUGUUCAGGACACGAACAAUACAGCCAACGCCAGCAAUUUC